AUGGGCCACAUGCAAACUGGAGUUAUUUGCAUUUUAACUUUACUUUUGCCUCUUCCCGCCUCCCCCUCUGCAUUGCACGCUUCGCUUGUUUUAUUCCCAUUCUGCUUUUGGCUGGCCGCGCACCAACGGCGCCGCCGUCUCCCGCUGCUGCGCAGCUGCAGGGACUUAUCGCUUCCGUCGCUCAUGUCGUGGCCGGCGUGGGUGUUGAAUGAAAAAAAUCGAGGGCUCCAGCAGCGCAUCGACCGCGUCACUGAUGACCUGCAGAGCAAAGCCGCGGAGGUUGAGGCGGAGCGGGAGGCGGUUGCUCUGCUGCGGCGGAAUUUGACGCAGGUGCAGCAGCACCUCCGCUCGAGCACGAGGGCCGGCACGGAGGUGCAGCAGCGGCUGCAGAGGGACGACGACGCGCUGCAGGUGCUGCGGCGAGAGGGCUCCCACGGCCGUGCAGAGCUCCACGCGUUACAGAGCCGCCAAAGGGAGGCGCGUGAGUUGCUGCAGAGCCUCUCCUGCGCGGUGCGAUCCAAGGCGGAGGCCCUUGCGAAGGCGCAGGACGUGUCAGCGGCGCUGGAGCAGGCGGCGCUGGAGCUCUCCGCCGUCGCCGUCGACUCGCACGGGAGCGCGCACGAGGCGCAGCGGGACGUGGAGCGGCAGCGCCAUCGCCUGGAGCAGGUGCGGGCGGCGCUGGCGGGCGCCCACAACUCUCUUCGCGUGUCACAGAGCGCGCUGCAGCGUGAGACGGCGGAGUUUGCGCGGGCGCAGCGGAGGCUGGAGGCCCUGCGACCGGCGCUUCUUCUGGCGAAGCGCGACAGAAGAGAGUCGUGGCUGGCGGUGUCGCAUGUGCAAGAGGCGAUUGCGGCGUGUGAGACGCAAACGGCGGCAAACGCAGAGGCGUACGCCAGCGGGGCACGAGCCGUGGAGGCGCAGCGUGCGCUUCUCCAGCAGCUGCAGAAGCGGCAUCAGGAGCAGCUGGCGCGGCGGCAGGCACUCUCCGGCAGCCUUGAGAUCUAUCGCAGAAAACAGCACGCCCUCCUCGCGCGCCUUCACGCCUCCACGAGCGCGACACAAGAUCAAGAGAACGCGGUAGCGGCGAUGCAGCGACAAGUUGCGGCUCAGCGCGACGUGAAGCGGCAUGCGUCGCUUUCGUGCCGCAACGCUCUUGCGCUUCGGGACGCGCGCCACGGGCGACUGCAGGAGCUGCUGCUGCGCGUGCGGGAGCUGGAGGGCCUCGCGGCGGCGGCGGCGCGCGAGGGCGGCGGGGCGCAGUCGCCGCGCUCCCUGGAGGACACCCGCGCCUCCCUGCAGCGCGGCCUCCGGCAACUCGAGAACCAACUCGAGCGAAUCCAGGCGGCGACGGUGGCGUGUCUCUCCGACCUCCAGCAGGAGGGCCGCGUCGCCGAGGAGGUAAGCCACAGCGUCAUCAAGGCGCAGGCGGCACUGGCCGCCGCGGACGCUGACUGGGCGGCACAGCGGCAGUCCCGUGAGGCGUGUCAGGCCCACCUUGACGAGCUGGAGGCGCGCCUGUCGUCAACGCAGCUGAGUCUGGGGCAAACACGCGAGCUGCUGCGGGAGCGGCGACAGCACGAACAAACCGUCUUGGGUGGCGUUGUGCAGGAGUUGCGGGGGGAGCUUCGUCGCGUGACACAGCGCGGGCUUGCGCUGCGGCGCGACAUCACGCCGCUGCAGUGCGCCCUAAACGCCCAUGCCAGGCUCGCCGACGACACAAAGGCGAAGCUUGCCUCGCUCGCAGAGGCGGUGCAGCAGCGACGGGUGGAGCUCCACGGGGCGGGGUUGGAUGCCGCGCAGCUGGCGAAGCAGAAGGAAACGGCCCUGCUGCACCACUCGCGGGCGACGCUGGAGCUGCGAUCCGUGCGACGUGUCGCGGAAUCGCACGUGGAACUGAUGCGCGGGUCUGCGGGUCUCGAGGACGUCCUCCGCGGACAGGCGCUGGUGCUGGAGGAGGGCGUGCUUGCGGACAUCAAUAACAUCAUGGUGGAGCUGCACCUCGAGCAAAAGGCGCAGGCGGAGAAGCAGGCCGAACUUCGGCGGCGCCAGGAACAAGUGCGUCAGCUGAAGUGCCGGUACGAGAACCUCACGGAGGCGCUGAACCGAAGGCUCCUCGCGGCGCGUGGGGAGAACGAGGAGGAGCCGCGCGAGGCCACCGCCAACUCUUCACCGGAGACAAUUCAUGCUCGCUGCAUUCUUCAAGCCUCCUCGGAGCGGGAGCGGUUGCGGGAGCGGGGAAACCGCCUCGACGGCCGCAUCGUCUUCCUUGAGCACGAGACAAAAACACUGCGAAAGAUGCUUCACGCCAUGCGGGCGGACGGGGGGCGGCGGCGUGGCUCCUCGGGCCCCGCCUCGGCCUCGGGCUCUUCGCCGGGGCUGCUGCAGCUGCGCGAGGGGGUGGCGGAGAGCCGUCGCAACGUGGAACGCGAGCUGCAUUGCGUGACCGAGGCGCUGCGAAACCUGCAGGGGCGCAAGCGGGACCUCAGCCAGCGCCGCAAGGAGGUUGCCGGGCGACUGAGUGAGCUGCGGGCGCUCAAGGCUAGCCGCGAGUCCGUGGUGCGGCGGCUAAAGGCGCAAGUAAGGCGGUCGCAGCAGAGUUUGAGGUCGCGAUAG